AUGGACGAGAUAACAUUGCUAAGAUUUGAAAAUCAAAGCCUUAUGGCAGAGAUUGUGGAGAAAGAUCUUCGGAUCUCCACUCUGAGAAAGGAGUCUGAAGAUCUGAAGGCCAGUAAAUAUCGGGACUUUCAGUAUUUAGCGACUAAAUAUUGGUAUUCAUCUGGCUCGGUCUCAGCUGUGGCUACAGCCGUGCAGACCCCGAUGACCAUCGAGGAUGUAGCGGCCGGAGAGAGAGUAGAUUGUGGUCUACAGGUGAAUAUGGGGGAUGCUGACAUGCUGGAGCAGGAGCAAAAUUAG